UAUGAUGAACACUUUUGGAAUUUGUUCCAUGUUAAAUGUUUCUUCUUGAAGUUUUCUGGAAUCUCCUAGUUCUUUUUUCUUUCUGUAAAGAAAGAUAAGACAAUCAAACACAUAUAUAUCGUCCUCUUACAUUGCUGUCCUGGAAUCCAAUACCUUUCUCAUGAAGCUUGGACGUCUUUUUAUAUGCGUUCUUUCUAAACACUCAAUUCUUGUUUCGUAUCAAUCUGCAACCUGUUUCAAUUCCAAAAAGCCUCUACUGCAGCAAAUAACUAGUUUGGUUCUGCAUAGAUGCAGGACGGACUCAUGGAUCAACAACAACAAGGUGAUAAGAAUCUGACUGUGUUCGUAGGACCCUGGGGAAGAAAUGGAGGAACCACUUGGGAUGAUGGGAUCUAUCAUGGUGUCCGUGAGAUCAGACUUGUAUAUGAUCAUUGCAUUGACUCCAUCUCGGUGAUCUACGAUAAGAAUGGUAAACCCGCGAAAUCAGAGAAGCAUGGAGGUGUAGGAGGCAACAAAACAGCAGAGCUAAAGCUGCAAUAUCCAGAUGAGUAUCUGACUGGCGUGAGUGGCUACUACUCUAUAGUGGUUGACAGUGGCACUCCUGUAAUCAGAUCAAUGACCUUCAAGAGCAAUAAACAGGUAUAUGGACCUUAUGGAGUUGAACAGGGAACACCCUUCACUUUCUCAGUCAAUGGGGGACGCAUUGUUGGCAUGAGCAGUAGGAGUGGCUGGUACCUUGACUCCAUCGGCUUCCAUCUAUCACGCCCUAAAUCAACCAAGAUGAUCAACAAGCUUCUAAAGAAGAUUCACUGGCUCACAAGGAUUGUAGCAUGAUAAAGGGUUUUGCACAAAAGAAUAAUCAGCAUGAAAUAUAACACUAGACUCUCCGAAUAAGGAUGUUGGGUGUAUCUCCCGUGUAUCUUAGUCCAUGAGACCAAAAGCGACUGAGCAAAACACUCUUUAAUGCACAA